UGGCAUUCGCUUGAUCACCAGCAUAUGGUGUUUACUGCGGGGCAGAGCACGCAAUAACGACAAGGUGUACCCAAAUGUUUGUCUGCGAAAGUCCCGCUAAGAAGUGCGGUGGGUCAAAGUUGGGGGCCAAAUUAAGAGUCGUUGAAUCUCUCCAUAUACGCUAUGCUAUUUUCCUAUCCCAGAUAUUGCCCAUUCUAUUCUUCACCCCCUCUACCUAGAAACCGUCAGUAUGGUGCAAAGCUCCCCUGCUACGCAGCCGCCGCUGCGAAUCGGAACCCGAAGAUCAGUCCUCGCCGUGGUCCAGGCAGAGGGUAUCCGUGAUAGUCUGCAAAAGAUUGCCCCUGACCGAUCCUUUGAGAUCGAAGCACUCCACACCCUUGGCGACAAAGACAAGUCUACGGCCCUCUACGACUUUGGGGCGAAGAGCUUAUGGACAAGCGAGUUGGAAGAAAAACUUACGUCCGGCCAGUUGGAUGUCAUAGUGCACUGCCUCAAAGAUAUGCCGACCACGCUUCCCGACUCGUGCGAUCUAGCAGCUAUUCCACUUCGCGAUGAUCCCCGGGAUGCCCUGGUUGUCAAGGCCGGACUGCCGUUUACCAGUUUGAAGACACUGCCCCAAGGAGCAGUAGUCGGCACUUCGUCUGUGCGGCGCUCAGCGCAACUUCGCCGUCUUUACCCUCAUCUGCGGUUCGCAAACCUGCGCGGCAACGUCGACACCCGCCUGGCCAAGGUCGAUGAUCCUGGGAGCCAGUAUACAUGCAUGAUUAUGUCUGCAGCAGGCCUCGAGCGCGUUGGCCUCAAGUAUCGCAUCAACCAGUACCUCGGCUCCAAAGAUGGUGGUAUCCUGCACGCCGUCGGUCAGGGAGCACUUGGUCUGGAGAUCCGGAAGGGAGACACCAGCACCAUAGAACUGCUGAACCAGCUGGCCGAUCAAAAGUCUACGCUUGCUUGUCUCGCGGAGCGCGCUCUCAUGCGUACACUUGAAGGCGGGUGUAGUGUUCCAAUUGGUGUUGAGACAGAGUGGGUUGACCAAUCCUCCAAUCAUUUGAGGAUGAGUGCAAUGGUCGUUAGUCUGGACGGGUCCCAAAGCGUUCAAGAUGCCAUCGAUAGGACGGUGUACACCGUUGAUGAAGUGACAGCACUAGGACAUGAGCUGGCUGAAAGACUCAAGGCAAAAGGGGCUGAGGCAAUUUUGAGCGAAAUCAAUGUUACCCGACCAUCCAAAGACUAAGGAAAUCACAGUUAUCUCUAUAUAUGCAUAGGCAACCUCUUUCCACCCCGCUAUUCAAAUAACAGACUCCCCUAGUGCAUGGUAUAUAUGCAUCUAUUCAGAUUUAUAUUAACUGCAAGGCUUCACAUUAGU